CUGGGUGUGUAGUUUGUUUCUUUUUUUCUGAAACUCUUCAUUUAGCACUAAAGCGGUACAUGUGUCAGAUGAUUCUAUGUUGGAAUUAAGCUCUUUUUCAUAUAUAUUUAUAAAUUACCGGUAAGCAACUGCAAAUGGAGAGUUUAGAAAAGGACCAUUCCUAUUCUGAAGAUCCACAGCAGCCAGUGGUCGCAGCGGAGGACUAUGCAGUUCCAGAGGUUGUUGUCACGCGCCAUUUGAGAGACCGAGAGCUUCUCAGAAAAAGGAAAGCCGAGGCGGAAGAAAAAAACACUCACCAGUGGGUCCUGAGGGAGCAGAAGAGGAGCAAGCCAACAGGAAGGGGAAGAGGGGCCCGAAGAGGCAGAGGCAGAGGCAGAGGCCAGCAGCAGGCUCCAGAGCCACAGGAAGAACCUCAGCCGGAAGUGGUGGAGGAAGAAAAGCCUGAGCUACAGGUGACUAAAUUGGAGGAGGAGGCCCAGAAGAGUCUAGAUCUCCCAGUGAAGUCUUCUAUCCCUUUUCUGGAAGCUGGAGAACUAUAUACUAGAAGGAACUAGCGGAAGGAAUCCCCCUUGCGAGUGCUGCUGAGGAGCUGUACACUCAGCAGGAAACAGCUGGUGCAAUCCCAGCCGGACGUGCUGUUUUCUCCAUGGAACCAGAGGAGACACCAAGAUCAGAAGAACAGGAGAAAUUCAUCAGUCUGUGGAAAAUGAUCAUUUGGAACAAGAGUUCUAUGGCUCUCUUUAAUGGCAGCAAUUUUUCACUGUUCAACUUGAAACACUGUUAGAAUACAUGAUACCUGCUAUUCUUGUGUGAGCAAUUAAAACCCAGCGGCCUUUGCUGCUGUCACCUUUCUGCAA